AUGAAAAGUCAAGGAGGUCAAACUGUUUUAUCCAAAGAAACUGAAGAAGAAUUUAUUAAAUACAUAAAUAUAUGUGCUGACUGGGGCUAUCCUUUGGAGGCGUAUGAUUUAAGAGUACUUGUUAAGGUCUAUCUUGAUAAAUUAGGUGUGAAUGAAAAGAGAUUUAAUAAUAAUAUGCCUGGACCAGAUUUUGUCUCCUCUUUUAUGAAAAGGCACAAAGAUGCAAUUUCUCAGAGAUUAUCGCAAAAUAUAAAGCGAAAUCGGGCUGCUGUUUCCCCUGAAAUAAUAAAAAAAUACUUUGAAGAAUUAGAAAUUUCAUUAUCAGGCGUACCUAUGUGCAAUAUUAUAAAUUACGACGAGACGAAUCUUUCGGAUGAUCCUGGGCGGAAGAAAAUAAUUACAAAAAAAGGCGUGAAAUAUCCAGAGCGGGUGAUGAACCACUCGAAGUCUGCCGUUUCUAUUAUGAUUGCGUGCACAGCUGAGGGAGAAUUACUGCCUCCUUAUGUUGUCUAUAAAGCACAACAUUUGUAUGACACUUGGACCGUUAAGGGGCCAAAAGGGACUCGUUACAAUAGAUCACAGUCAGGUUGGUUUGAUGGAACCAUUUUUCAAGACUGGAUUAAAUCGGUAAUCAUACCCUAUUUUCAAGGAGUAUCCGGAAGAAAAAUAUUGAUCGGUGAUAAUUUAUCGUCGCACCUUUCAUUAGAUCUAAUUAAACUGUGCCAUGAAGAAAACAUAAGUUUCGUAUUCUUGCCAGCUAAUUCUACCCACAUCACACAGCCAUUGGAUGUUGCCUUUUUCAGGCCCAUGAAAAUAGCUUGGCGCAAUAUUUUGUAUCAAUGGAAAAAAACCGAUGGUCGCCAACAAGCAUCGGUUCCAAAAGGAUGUUUUCCACGUCUACUAUCCAUGCUUUUAGACGCCCUAAAACACAAUGCUAAAGAAAAUAUUUUAUCAGGAUUUAAAAAAACUGGAAUAAAUCCACUGGACCCUACACAAGUACUGAAAAGAUUACCUGGAUAUGACAGAGUUAGCCAUCAAACAGAAACUAUCAAUGAAUCUGUUCUAACAAUACUAAAAGAAAUGAGAUAUGGAACCAUAAAUGUCGCUGAACCUAAAAGAAAAAGAAAAAUUGAAGUAGAACCUGGAAAGAGCGUUAGUCUUGAAGAAAGUUAUGCUGUAACAGAAAUCGAGAACCAAGAGCCAAAGAAAAAAAAUAAGAAGACAAAUAAAGAAAGUAAAGACAAUAACAAGCAAAACGAACCAAUAACAAAGAAAGGAAAGGGAAUUGGAAAGAAAUCAAAAACACAAGCACAAACAAAUGUAACAGAUGAAACGAAAUCUCUCGCCGCUAAAUGUUUACAAGAUGAUCUUGAAGCUGGAACGUCUCAGAUGUUUUACGAUCAUGAAAGUCAGUUAACCUCUGAACCAAGCACAAGCUUCUGUAAAGAAGAAACAGCCUUAUUACCACAGUCUUUGAGUACAUGUGAGGCUAAUGAUUACUUAGAUAUAGAAAAGGUACCAAUUAUUUUUGGUGAUGAUGUUGUUAUUGAUCAUUUUGAAACGAUUGACAAUUUAAAUGUCAGUUCUGAUGCCAUGAUUUCAAGUAAUGAAAUAAAAAGCAAUAACAAAAUUGAAAUUUUAUCUGAUAUUUCAGUUACAGAUCCUAAACAAUUAGCAAAAAUAUUAUAUGAUAAUAAAAUGAAAAGAAAACAACAAAAACAUCGAAAUUAUUACAGAAAUGACGAGGACAUAUUAUCCGAUUUAAUGUCUGAUACUGAUUAA